AUGAAAUUAAUGUCAUCUUUUGAGCAUUCGAUAUUUUUUUCUUUACGUAAACAAAAGGCACACUGUAUAAGUGUGACAAUUAUAAAAGUUACCUUGAUACGCGAGCUGAGUUCAAAAUCAAGUCGAGUCUGUUUCGCUUACUUCCUAUUACUAUCUAUCUAUCUAUCUAUCUAUCUAUCUAUCUAUCUAUCUAUAUAUCUAUCUAUCUAUCUAUCUAUCUAUCUAUCUCAAUCUGCUCAAGUGUAUUUCACGUCUUUUCUUUUGCCCAUUUCCUCUCUUUAUAUUUCUCUUUCUUUCUGUCUCGGUCUAUUAAUAUAUUUCUCUCUCUCUCUCUCUCUCUCUUUUCUCUCUCUUUCUUCUUCUUAUUUUCUCUCUCUCUCUCUUUUCUCUCUCUUUCUUCUUCUUAUUUUCUCUCUCUCUCUCUCUCUCUCUGUCGCUUUUGUAGUUGAUCUCUCUUUAACUUUAUUCCCCUUUUUCUCUCCCUUGACACUGCUUAAAAAUUAUUUUCACGUCUUUCUUUCUUCUUAUCGGCUUUAUCGUCUCUCACACACACUCUUUUUGUCUGUCUUUCUCUCUUUUUUUUUCUCACUCCUUCUCUCACUGACACAUUUUUCAAAAAGUUUCUUCCAUAUGUCUCAUUUUUUUUCUUACCGGUCUCCUCUCUCUCUCUCUCUCUCUCUCUCUCUCUCUCUCUUUCACACACACACACACACACACAUGGAGAGUCUCUUAUAUUCUCUCUUUAUUGUCAAUUUCUCUUAA